ACGAUCUUUUUCCUCGACGGGGGUACUUUCCCCUAAGGAGCUGUUUCGACCUAAUUUCAUCGUAAUGCGAGCGUAACGUGUUUGCGGACUAUUGCAUGUUGCUACAUAACAAGCAGCAUUGCUGGUAAACUCGAGUGUCGAACGGACGUUGCUAAAAGUUUUUGCAUCAUUUUUUUUCGUGCAAUGUAUGCGAAUACUCGUGCAAUUCAUGCGUCGUGUCGAAUCGGGAGUGCCGUUAAAGUGUCGGGCGAUUGUAAUUAUUCGUAUUUUCGCGAGUGUCAUGAAUGUUACAAAGGAGCAAUAUCGACCAAGAGAGGAGGUCCGGGGAGGCAUCGGGCGACAGCAGGGCAACUGUGAGAUCAAUGUGCUGCGUACUACAACUUCGCUGUUACACGUAUCGAAAGGACGUCCGACUUCCGGUGCAGCUUCAACGAGCCAUGGCCAGGGAGGCGGAAGCUGCGAGGGAAGCGAGGACCAAAGUGAUUGCGGCGGAAGGUGAAAUGCGAGCUUCCCACUCCCUGAAAGAGGCCAGCGACGUCAUUUCCACGAGUCUCGUUGCCCUACAACUACGAUAUCUGCAUAUUCUGAACAAUAUAUGCGGCGAGGAGAACUCAACAGUCAUAUUCUCAUUGCCGGUUGAGUUCCUGACGCCUUUCUUCAUCCCCAGCUUGCGCGGUCAUCAGGAAACUGUACAGAUGGUAGAACACUUACAUAAAACAGAGGAUAAAUAUUAA